UUUCACCGCCAACCCCGGCAUCUCCAUCGAUUGUUUCGAGGCUCACAGCCCCCGUCACCUGAAUCACCACGACAUCAGUACUGCCUAAGGAAGAGUUGCAAUCGACCUUGAACGUUCACUCACAAUCCACAAUGACAACUCCACGCUUUCAAAUUAUAAGCGACCUGCAUCUCGAGACACCCAUUCAAACACCAUCCUACACGUACUUCUCUGCAGCAGCCAACUUUCCUCUGCUAGCACCCAAUCUCCUCCUCCUAGGCGACAUCGGCCUGAUCGCACACAAGCAGCCUCUCCUCGCAUUUCUCCGCUCUCUAUUACAGCGAGACCCGCACCUAAACAUUUUCUACAUCCUCGGCAACCACGAGUCCUACCAAAUGACCCUUGAAAACGCCCUGGCUCAAAUCCAAAACUUUGAAACGACCCUGACCCACGACUUCGGUCCCAGAUUCCACCUCAUGGACCGGCGACGAGUCGACCUGACCCCCUCCCUCACCCUCCUUGGCUGCACCCUCUGGACCCACGUCCCGCCGCACCACGCCCACGACGUCGCCGCCGCGCUGAAGGACUUCGACGACGCGCACGGUGUGUGGGACCGCUCGCUGGACGACCACAACGCAGACCACGCGCGCGAUCUGGCGUGGCUGAAUGCGCAGGUGUCGCGUAUCGAAGAGAGCGAGCCGCAGAGGGAGAUUGUGGUGUUGACGCAUCACAGCCCGACGACGGACGCGAGAGCGAAUAGUGCGCGGUUUCUGCCUGAGAGGGCGUUGAAUUCUGGGUUUCGGACGGAUUUGAGGGGGGAGCGGUGCUGGGAUAGCGUGAGGGUGAAGGUGUGGGCGUUUGGGCAUACGCAUUUUAGCUGUCAGUUCGUGGACACGGGUGAUGUAGAAGGAUCUGGGGAUAGGUUCAGGUCUAGAGACGAAAGGAGAAAGUUGGUUGUGAGCAAUCAGAAGGGUUACGCGUACCCUGAGAGCAAGGGAAACUGGAAGAUAAAACCUGUGAUCAUUGGGAGGGAGGAAGGGGAGUGGAAGGUUGUGAUCGGUGAAGAACAGUAACCUGUGAGCAAGAAGAAAGGGCACGAGGGUUGUGUUAUCGGCAUGAAGUGGAGCGCGAGAGAACCAUCGAGCCUUCAGCUUUUAGACUUGGGAACACGGACUCUCCUUAGGAUAAGCAAGGG